GAACCACUUUCUCCUCUUCCUACUUUCUUGUUUCCCAUCUUCCAGCUGUAUUACUUUAAACCAGGAACAAUAUGGGCUCCGUGCUGCCCGCAGAAGCUUUGGCACUCAAGUCUGGAUUUAAGUGUCCUGCCCGGGCGGUGCUGUCGGACGUGAUCACGUCGGACGUCCUGCACAGCUUCCUGUACGGCCGCUGGAGGAACGUCCUGCAGGGGGGGGAACACCUGCAGGCCGAGGAGCGACACGCCGGCUGCACCAGAACCGCUUUCACCGCUGAGGUGUUGGCACAGUCCUUCGCUGGAGAGGUGCAGAAGUUGUCCAGUUUGGUGCUUCCCAGUGAAGUCAUCAUAGCCCAGAGUUCCAUCCCAGGAGAAGGUCUUGGAAUCUUCUCCAAAACCUGGAUCAAGGCCGGCACAGAGAUGGGCCCAUUCACCGGCAAAGUUCUCUCCCCAGAACACGUAGACUUGCUCAAGAACAACAACCUGAUGUGGGAGGUGUUCAAUGAGGACGGCACCGUAAGGUACUUCAUUGAUGCCAGCCAGGAGGACCAACGCAGCUGGAUGACUUACAUUAAAUGUGCCCGCAAUGAGCAAGAACAGAACCUGGAGGUGGUCCAGAUUGGCAGCAGCAUCUACUACAAAGCUGUGGAGACUAUCCCGCCAGACCAGGAGCUUCUCGUGUGGUAUGGAAACACCCACAACACAUUCCUAGGAAUCCCCGGAGUUCCGGGAACAGACGAAGAGCAGCAAAAGAAGAGCAGAAAUGAUGACUCCCAGUCCUGCGAGUCCAUCUGCUCUCCGCCCUCGUGCUCGUCGUCCUCCUCCGCCUCCGUCCACACCUCAGGCCGCAUGCGCUGCGUCAUCUGCCACCGCGGCUUCAACUCGCGCAGCAACCUGCGCUCGCACAUGCGCAUCCACACGCUGGACAAGCCCUUCGUGUGCCGCUUCUGCAACCGCCGCUUCAGCCAGUCGUCCACGCUGCGCAACCACGUGCGCCUGCACACGGGGGAGCGCCCCUACAAGUGUCACGUGUGCCAAAGCGCCUACUCGCAACUGGCCGGCCUGCGCGCGCAUCAGAAGAGCGCCCGGCACAAACCGGCGCUCGCCGGGCCCGAGGCGGCCGCGCAGGGAUCUCCUCCUCCUCCUCCUCCUUCUUCUGCUCCUCCUGCGGCCGCCCAGCCGAUGGCACCUGUCGUUCGCCAACACCACCACCAUCACCACCAUCCCGUGUCCCUGGUGCACCACAUCCCCGCCUUGGUGCUCUGACCACACACGGCCAAACUAAACAACGUUGCACUUUAGAUGACAGGAGACACUUUGUGUAAAAACUUCAUCUUCAUGUCAUCAAAAACAUCCCGCAAUUGCCUCUUCUACAUGGGCAUCCUGCAAGAUACCACACGUGUGUGGUGCCCCCUGUGGGUUGUGUUCAAAAUGCUCUGUACUUCAUGCCAGCAUACGCGUCCUACACACAUCCUCAAGCUUGUAUCAUCAUUAGACAAAUGGUCAUUGACUUAUUGGCAACUGAUGUUUUGCUCCAUGGCGGCCAUGUUUUUCCAACCAAUUUUGCAUACGUGUGCUCGUCAGCCCCCUAAAGCUAUGUACCAAAUUUUGUGAUGAUUCCCCCUAAACACCCGAAGGUUACGGUAAAUUAAUAACAGCGCCACCGUGUGGUGUAUUUCCCCACACGGUGAAAAACAAAAAAAAAACCCUCACAAGCAGUACAGUAGGGGUGCACGUGUUGACACAUUUUCACCCCUUUGCGAGUACAAGAGUGACACAAACUGCAUGCAGUCAUGACUGUUACUCCUUACUGCGUUUAGCCACCUGUGCCUUUUAUACAGAACUCUUACACACACACAGUCAUCAUGGUACAACUCUGAUACCAUCUCAGAAGCAGGAAAAUUGCCAGGUUGCUGCCGUCAAAUCGCCUGUAAAAGCCGGCUGUUUGGCCUUUAUCGCUGUUCUAUGUGAACGGCACCGUCGGUCGUCCUGGUAUUUUUUUCCAGCCUCUGAGGUAAUAUGAGUGCUGCAACGGAGGCGGGACGACACCUGUUUGAAAAGGUAUCCUGCUGAAGUCUUCUCUCUCUCCUGCAGUGUUGGCCGGACAGAGCGCAGUUCGAGCUAUAGUCUGCUUUGUUGGGUUCUGUGUGAAAGGCAUUAUGCAGCUACUUUGCAGCAUCUCUGCAUGAAAGAGGCUAAAGAUCCGCCUGUCACAUAUUUUCUAUUUAUUCCACAUGUAAACACAUUUCUUAAUUGUUGUGGUGGCAUUUUUAUUGUGGGGCGGGAUGUUUUAAAGGUAUUGUGUGGUGAGGUGCUGCCGCCCCCCAAGUCCUAAUACUCUUUGCACCAUCAAGCCAAGUAAAUAUCCCAAGUUUCCACUGUCAGAUAUGAAACUGUCACUUUAAACUUGACUGAAUGCCCUGAGAAUACGAAGACCUGAAUGAAUGAAUGAAUGAAUGAAUAACACCCACACGCAAAUGUAAACUUGUACGGAGCCAAUUCUCGUGUAAUGCUAAAAUAUGCUAAAUGUACUGUAUGCUACUACUUUA